AUACAUGUAGUAGCCAGGGAGCAGUAGAGCAGCUCGCUGUGCGAGGUUAACGCCCUGCUCAUUCUCAAUUCUGCUCGCUUGCGAGAGGAUUACCUUAAGCCUUCGCUCCACCUCGACGAAAGUCUGCCAUGGUGUACAUGCCUCGCACCUACCUAAUUUCCGCCGCUGUCGCCCUCGUGGCCACGCAGUCGCAGCAGACUGCUGCUAGCUCGCUGUACUAUGCCCCCUUGACCACGUCCGGUACGGACGGCAAGAUCAGUGGCAAGUUCCCAGCGCGCGGUGGUGAGGUCGCUGACCAGGACUGUGUCAUCACGGUGGAGGUGGACCCGACGCUGCCGAACAUCACGACUAUCUCGACGGUGCCGGUGACGUACCCCGACCUGCUGGCCAACAAGACAACGGCACCAACUGAACCGGUAUCCACGAAGGUUGGCAAGGCUAUCGUGUCCAAGGAGAUUCCUACCCAGGACGCGGACCAGGAUGGCUAUAUCGGCAAGUCGACGACUACAGCAUCGACGCCGGUCAACCCUCCGACAGCCAAGAUGGGCACCACGACGCCCACCGGCAAGACCGAUACAACCACGGGCACGGCUGCUCCGUCGAAGACCGUCACGACUACGCCGUCGGCGGGUAUUGUGCAAGGACCUGGCAACGAGAAACCAAAGGACUGUGCAACCGGAUGGGAGGAGGCCAAGCCCACCCGCAAGCUGCGCGACAGCGCCAUGACCGGACGCGAGUUGGACGAGAAGCAGCAGACCAAGCGCAAGUUGGAGGCUAACUCGAACAAGGACAUCGCCAAGCUUGAGGCUUACUUUGGAACGUCGAUGGAAAUGACGCUGAAGAACCUGCCUACCGAAGGCGUGCACACGCCGUCGCCGUGGCCCGGUCCGUACUGGCCGACUUACCAGGACAGCAUCAACGUCCAGUGGAGUCAGGGUGAGCCCAGCCCUGCCGAGAAGUACGCCAAGGCGUUCGGUCUUGACGUGAAGGAGUUCAUGGACAAGGUGUCCAAGGACAACGGUGUCGACUCCAUGAGCAAGCGCCCUAAGUGCACGUCGGACAACGACUGCGCCUCUCUCAAUGACGGUAGCGGCUGCGGUAUUCGUGCUGGUCAGAGCUCGGGCUACUGCAUCCCGACCUGGUACGGCAUUUGCCACGCCUGGACACCUGCUUCAAUGCUGGAGGCUGAGCCCAACUGCCCGGUGACUCACAACGGCGUGACGUUCCACCCGAUGGACCUCAAGGCGCUGAUCUCGGACAUCUACGAUGGUGCUUCGAUCUCGACGGUGUUCACGGGCUCCCGCUUUAACGGUGGUAGCGACUCAACUGACGAGUACGGCCGCCACUCGAGCGCCGCUUAUCGUGAUCUGAACCCUGCCUUCUUCCACAUCACCGCCGCCAACCUUUUGGGUAAGUUGAACGCCACAUUCAUCGCGGACGUCACCGCCGGUUCGGAGGUGUGGAACCAGCCUGUGCGUGGUUUCAAGGUGUACGAGCAGACUGAGAUGUCGCUCGAGGAGGCUGCCCAGACCUUCUACGGUCUCGAGGAAUACCCGUGGAACGCCGCGGCAAAGAGCAUCGUGUACGUCAAGUCGCGUCUAUCGUGGAUCUUCGAGACGUACACGGACGGUGGCCUGGUGUCCUCCGGCCAAGUGGACCAAUUCACGACGGGUGCCUACUACACGUACCUGCUUGAGAUGGACGACGAUGGAACCAUCAUCGGUGGUGAGUGGGUCUACGACUCGGACAACGACCACCCUGAUUUCAUUUGGUUCCCUAAGGAGAAGCCUGCUGCUGAUACGGUGACCAGCAUUGGCCUGAGCUACGCAGAUGUGAGCAUGCUACUUGCAAAGUCCGUGGCCUGCUCGGACUCUGCUUCUGCUUCAGGCUCGGCGGGUUCGGCUGGUUCGUCGCCCGCUUCAACUACAAGCUCGACCGCUGCCUCGACUUCGGGCUCGGCGACGAGCUCUGUAUCUAGCACCACGGGUUCGACCACGGAGGCACCUACCACUAGCACAACUGGUUCCAGCGCGGGCAGCAACGCUGUCACCCCUACGGGAACGCCGGCUGCUACCUAUGCUAGCACUGGUUCAUCUGCUGUCACGACGGCGCCUGCCUCAAGUAACCAAGGCGGACAUCAGAGAAACCAUGGUGACGACCAGCACCACGGUGGUCACCACACCCAGCGAGACAACCAGCACCAGGGUGAUGACAGCGACGACCACUACCGCCAGCAGCAGCAGCAGCAGCAGCAGGAGGGACAAGGUCAGCGUCAGUCGUAUCAGUCCUACUUCCACUGGUGGUAAGCUCAUUCAGAUCGGUGCGGCGUGAGCUUGAGAUCCAUGUUUCGCCGGCAUAGCAAGCGUGUCUUAGUUUUAAAAACAACUCAGCGAGUACUUGGCUUACUAUGUCUAUGAACUGCAAUUGUGGUGCUAGAGUUUACAGCAUAUCGACUUGAG